UAGAACCCACUCCUAAGUCCUAACUGAACUCGCAAAAUGAAAAACAUGCCGGCAAGCAGAAGCACAUUAUCAAACACCUGGCGGUCUCAGCACCCUCUCUUAUUUAACAAUCUCUUCCGCCGUCUAAAAUGCAAGCUAUAUUUCUCCACGUCAUUCGCUCAUUCAACUAAAGCACCAGCCCGCAUAGUCGGGGAUUGCGCCGAUUUUUUGCCGUGGCUGGAGCUCAAAGCCGGAACAGAGGUAUCUUCCGUCCUCUCCAUCGGAGAAUCCGCGUAUGGAAGGAAGCAGAAGCAGUAUUCGGGUGAAAGUGAAGAAAUAAUUCUGAUGCUCUAAUUUACUUCUAGAAUCAGUUUUUUUAGAAGUUGGGGUGUUUGGUUGCUUGUAAGCCUAUAAAAGCUGGGGAUUGUAUGCUAAAGGUCCCAUAUAGUCAGCAAAUGUCCUCAAAUAAGCUUCCUUCUGGAAUCAAUUCCUUGUUAGGGGACCGGGUCAGCAAUGUGGCAAAAGUUGCUUUACUUGUUUUAUAUGAGCAGAAGUUGGGUGAGAAAUCUGAUUGGGCUCCUUACAUUAGGCGUCUUCCACAACCUGCACAGAUGCAUAACACGAUACUCUGGAAGGAUGAUGAGUUAGAUAUGGUUUCUCGAAGUCCAUUAUAUCAGGAAACUCUUUGGCAGAAGAAUAUUGUUGAAACUGAUUUUUUUGUGAUUACAGAGGCUCUAUGCCACUUCUCUCAACUUCAUAUGGCAAUCACAUUAGAGGACUUCAAUUACUUCUAGAGCAUGGGAAAGCCUCAAUGAUGUAUUUAUGAUUCCCUUUGCAGAUUUCUUAAAUCACGAUGGUCAUUCAGAUUCAUGCGUUUUGAAUGAUGAAGAGGAACAACUCUCAGAGGUGAUUGCUGGUCGUGAUUAUGCUCCUGGUGAUCAGGUCCUAAUAAGUUAUGGAAAGUUCUCAAAUGCGACUCUACUUUUAGAUUUUGGAUUCACAGUCCCUUUUAAUACAUAUGACCAGGUGGAAGUCAAACUAAAUUUGCCUCAGGAAGACCAUCUUUCUUCAAUGAAGUUGAAACUUCUAAGCAGAUACUGCACCCGAGCAACAAAGGAUGCCAAUGGAUUCAGUUCUCAUGGAAAUUCCUUCAUACUCAAGGAAGUAAAGUCUGCUCAAGGUAAAGGGAAGGGUAUUCCACAAUCCUUCCGAGCAUAUGCUCGUGUUAUGUGUUCAAAAUCUCCUCAAGAACUAAAUGCAUUGGAAAUGGAAGCUGCGGAAAAUGAUGGUCGCCUGGCUAGGCGUCCACUUAGGGAUAUGUGUAGAGAAGUUGAAGCUCAUAGAUUCCUGCUUACGAUAAUAAUUGAUUUCAUCAAAAUGUAUGAUACAUCUAUUAAGUCAUUGAAGCGGCUUACUUCUGGGGACAUCGUAAACAAAAGGCAUCUGAUGGCUUAUGACCUCCUCAGUGGUGAGCUUCGUAUCCUAAAAUCAACAGCUGAAUGGCUGCAAAACUAUUGUUUGAAGCUACUGAGCCUUUAAGAACCACUAACCUUAUUCUCCAUGAGGAAACCUGAUCAGUGAUUCUCACACACUACUUUCAUUUUGAAUUCUGGAGAAUUCAAUUCACUUUUUUAGUUUGCUUGGAAAAAAUGUCUUGUAAAUAUAUCCUUUCGUGAUUUGGAAGAUCUUUAUUCCUCUUUUGUUGUUGAAAAAGAGUUAAUUUGUUAGUUGUAAAUCGAUGCAAGUUACAAAA